AUGUCUGGCGCAUUCACCAUGCCGCACGCCCUGACCGGCGGAGCAGGAUACAAGGCCAACGCGACGUACGACGACUUCCUCCGCCGCCACAGCGGCUUCUACCGACGUCACAGCGCGGCCUCGAACGCCAUGGAAAGCGACCGGCGUGCGUCGCAGGCUUCGCUUGACGCCAACGCCGCGGCGGCCGCGCAGGCCGUCCAAAACGUCGCGGACGACAAGGCGAACGGGAACCGUCGUGCAUCUGUCACCGUCGCAGGAGGCGGCUCCGCCACUGCAAACGCGAGGAAGGGCAGUGUCGCCGUCGCCAGCGACGUCACCAGGAAAGACAGCAUCUUCGGUUUAGAGCCCACGGGUGGCACGAGGAUGUCGGAAGAGCGACGACCUUCGACUUCCCUGGCCAGCGAUCUGUAUCAUAAGAUGAAGGGCGACGGGAAGAAUAGUCAUUGA